UGGGACAGUAUGUCGUUCUUUCUUCAGAGUUAUAACCAUGAAUCAAGAUUGAACUGUUCUCACGCCAGCUAUUGCGCGUUGAAGAUGACCAAACACCUGUCGUAUUGCGUCGUUGAAAGAAAUAAUAAUAGUCUUAUUAUGGAAAGAACUAUACAUUUUUUUUUUCAGUUUGCAAACCGUUGGCUAAGAAAACUUCACCAGGCUGCACAUGUAGUAAAGUAUUUGAUUGAACUUUUUGUGGCACCCAUCCACUUUGGAAACAGCAUCUCCCUUAUAAUGAUAAAUCCAAGUAAAAUGAAUGGUGAACUGUAGUCUUUUGCUAGAUUUUAUUUAGUGGAAGAGAAGCCUGCUUUUGAUCUGAAGUUGUUCGAUCUGAUCCUGAAGCAACAGGCAGCUGCAGCACUGCAGCUCAGUUUCAGGCUUUCAGCGGAUGCAGAGGAACAACAUAACCCGGGGCAUCGUCUCUUGUUUGAUACUUAGCAGAGUUAUUCUUUGCUUAGGAUAUAUUUUUAAAAUCUGGUAAAUUUAUCUUUCAGGGCGAAAUCUACAUGUGACUUUAGUGUUUUGAAGUUAGUUAUAAAAUUUACAUGUUUGACUGAAAUAACGAGUAUUCGUGAUCCAAGAGACCAUUUUAAUGGUUACGGAGAACCAACGUGGGUGGAUCAAAAAAUGAAGCAAGAAAUCACAUUGUCCAAAUGCAAUGUGUUGGGAAAAUGCUCUUCGCACGCCCCAGCAGUACAGUAGAUCGAGAACCUUCUCACUCGGUGCCGUGAGAGGCUUGAACAAUAGCGGACAGUGGACUCAACAGUAGGUGAAUACAGUGAAUGCCCUCUCUCUAUUAAUGGCGGCAUCACGCCCCUUAUAUAGGGCUCGGAGACCGACUCAACGACAUUUACAUAAAUGCCCCGCGACGGUGGGGGAAUAUUCCAGCAUAUUCUUUCAUCGCAGUCUACUGACCCCAAUGUACUCGCGUAAUUUCACGUCGCAAACUCUUUGUUCAUCCUUCGACUGGGCUUCAGCAGGUCGAAGGCUCGGAGCCUCCGCCCAGUUGUGGAUCCUCCGACGCUUCGGUGUCGGAGGUUCCGCGGCCCGGCUGGUCGGAGGUUGCUCGGCCCGGUUGCGUUCUCCUGUUAUCCUCGGACUCGGGAGGGUCGGAGGUUCCAACCUUUUCCUCGCUCGCGGACCUCCGCCGGUGCUUCAGUCCCUGCACACACUUUGCAUGACCUGACGAGUCGUCAACAUUAGUAUUCCCCGUCGAAGGUUAUCCUCCGACGUCCCAGACGUCGGAGGUUCCUCAGGUGAAGGAUAACCUCCGGCGCUACCAGGGGGAAGGACGCAGCUUUUCCCCAACAGUUCCCCCCUUUUUGGGCUAAUGGCACUCCUGCGGUCCAUGCGCUCAAAAACAUGCUACGCUGCGGAGGUCACGAGCAUGGUUGCUGCCUUCCCCCCUGGUGCGCAGGAUGUGUUUGUUAGCAAAUGUUGGAUAACUGUUUCUUUCACUUAGUCGUAAUUUUUCUUGUUUCUUUAUUUUGCCGGGAUCCUCCGAUCAUUGCUGCUAAGUAUCCUACGCUCGUUAGAUUGCGGAGGAUUGCGGAGGAUUGCGGAGGAUAUUAUUGCCGUUGGAGUUAGCCGUUGGCAUUGAUGAAGCGCAACGGUCUGCCCGAUUCCUCCGCUUAUAGCCGUUGGGCGCGGGGAAUCGCAACGGCCGCGCGGUCGCAGGCCCCCCCCCUAUAAAAGGAGGUGCUGGGGAGCCCUGAGCUCUCACCCCUGCUGCUCAUUGCCUGCACACUUUCCUUCGCUACGUUUUUCUCUCUGAGUUGCUUGCGUGCGUUUAGUUCAAGUGUUGUCGGAGGUUUUACGGUGGCUCAUCUUCCUUCACCGCGUCCUUCGAGGUCAGAUUUUUCUGGUCCUUUGCGCAAUUUUCUUAGCGUGAGGUCUGGAGGUUGGCUGCGGAGGUUUGAGGAGUGGAUGCUUGAGGCGGCCGAAGCUCAAGAUCUGGAGGAGACGUUGUCUGACGUCGAAGCUUCUGUUGGUGAUCUGAUAAGUGCGAAGGAGUUUGAGGGGAUGGCGGCGAUUACUUUUGAAUUCGGGCAGUCGACUGUGAGGGCGGAGGAUAUCGCUGACAUGGUUGAGGCUAGAUUUUUCAAGGAAGGUCGUGCGGAGGCUCCUCCUGCUGGUCAGACGGUGCCUGCGCCCGAAGAGGGGUAUGCGGUGGUAUUCAGGGACUUCUUCACCUGCGGACUUCGGAUGCCUCCGUAUCAUUUCCUUCGCGAAGUGAUGGAGAGCUUCAACGUGGAGCUGCAGCAUUUCAGCCCCAAUGGGAUACUGACCCUUAGCAAAUUCGCGUGGGCGUGCGAAUCCUACGGAGCCAUGCCCCACAUCGACACCUUCUGCUCGUACUUUGAGCUCCAGCGCCAGCCUAAGAAGGUGAAGGAUGCCGAAGGUGUCGAGUGUAUUGCGCAGUUCGGAAGCUGCGCGUUCAUGCCGCGCCGCACAAUGCCUGGGCCGAGGUGCGAAAUCUCCUACUGCCAAAAGGGGAAGUGGGAGAAGGAUUGGAUGAGAGCUUGGUUCUACGUGAGGACCCCCGCUGCGUCGAAGACUUUGGAUGACGGCAGCGUUGACAAAGUUUAUCCUUACGCGUCGCUGAUGAAGGAGCUGAAGCCUUUCUCGAAGGUUGAUCCUUCGCAGGAGAUGUCGGAGGAACGAGUUGCUUGUGACAAGGCAUUUGCGUUGGCAUGCCGAUACUCCGGAGGCCGGGAUUUGGUUGAGGAAAUGGUCGCUGCUGACUACUGGCCACUUGGCCGCAGGACCGAUGAGUUCACCAUUGAGAUGGUGCAAGUUCCUGUGUUUGGUCCUCCGGAGGGGUUGCCGUUUCCCCGGUUCGGCGCGGGUAUUCCGGAGGAUGAGACCAAGGAGUCCUUCCUUGAUCGCGUGGAGGUAUCUGCGCGGAGGAUCGUCGGGAAGAUCUCGGAGAAGGAGUUUCUCCAGCGGAGGUCUGCGCUUGGGACGAUGCCCCGGUUUAACCGCGUUUUUGAGGAAUUGGGGAUUGAGUACGAGGAUUAUGUUAUUCCUCCGGAUGUUUUGCUUGGGUUGGAGAAGAAGAAGGACUCCUCGAAGGCUGUCGCUUUGGCGGAGUCGAAGAAGAGGAGAGGGGGUGGCGCAGUCAAGCAGCUUGCGAAGAAGCGGAGGGCGGAGGUUGUGCUAGAGACUCCUGUGGAGUCUUCCUCCGCCCGCUCAUCUGGUGCCGAGUCGAACUCGGUAGCUUCUGCGCCUGCGGAGGCUGCUGCUGCUGGUGGGGCUCCUGAAGCUGCUGCUGGUGGAGCUCCUGAAGCUGAAGCUUCGCGUGCGGUUUCCUCUGUGCGCGCGCCUUUCGCGUCUCUGCUUGGGGAGGAGUCCUCUGACGCGGAGGCCCCCGUGGCGAGCCCUGUGCGGGAGGCGAAUCCUGCGGAGUCAGAGGGUCCGCGCGUUGCUUCGGUUGGCGGAGGGUCUCCGCCUAAGGAGGUUCAGGUGGAGUCCAGCGACGAGGCUGAGUCCGCCUCCGUUCGGAGGAUCAGGAGGGCGGAGGCUCCCCUUUGUCCGGCUGGUGACGGUAUUAACUCGUUAUACAUGGCGGAGGUUUUUACUGGGCUGGCUACCGCGGAGGAAAUGGCUAAGGGCGCCAGCGUCGCGCAGGAGGGGCUUGCCGUUCCUCCGCCGCGUGAGCCUACGCCCUCCGCAUUGGCCAACAGGCCUUCGCCUGCUGAUGUUCUUGGUCCUGGUGCUUCUGAACCUUCGAUCACAGGUUGGACUGAUGCCUUGCGCGAGGUUCAUUCCUUGGUCGGAGAUCGUUUUCGUCAGAAGCUUCGCGGCAUGGACUUUGACACGCUCCUUCGCGUGCAAUAUGAGCACCAUAGCCUUGGUCAUCACAUGGCUGCAGCCUUAGAGGAGCGUUGUUCUCGGGAGGUUAUCUGCCGUGAUGAGGCGAUUGGUGUUCUGAAGAAGGAGAACGAGACCCUGGAGGCUGAGAAGGCUCGUCUGUCGGAGGAGGUUAGGGAGUUUUCCUCCGUCAGGAGGGAGGUUGACUCCCUAAAGAAGGAGAGGGAUGACUACAAGGCUGGGUCGGAGGCUCUAAGGAAGGAGAAGGAGGAUGCCGAAGCUUCUGUGGCGGUCCUCCGCACAAGUGUUGCUGAGGCGGGGAGAGUUAGGGAUGUAGCCCUGCAGCGAGCUGAGAAGGCGGAGGACAUUGCUGAACGCCUUCGCAAAGAGCUUGACGCUGAGCGGACGUCUGCGGCUGAGCUGCAGACUCGCAUGCGGAAGGCGGAAGCGGAGGCUGCAGCUAUUGUCGAGCUCUAUGCCGACUCGCUUGCGAAGUUUGGGGGAAGCACCUCUGCUCCUCCGCCUGGCGGCGAUGUUGGGGCUGCCCUCGCGUGGCUGAAGUCUCAUAUCCGCAUGCUCCCCGACUUUGUCGGAGGUGCUGUUGAUUUUGGGGCUUUGGCCGCGGUUAGCUCCUUCGCGAGGCUGUUGCGCCGCGGAGGUUGCUCUCACGCGGAGGGAGUUGCCAAGGAGGAUUUUUCCGCGGCGGAGGACGUUGGCGAAGGGACCUCUUCCCUGCGCAAAUCUGUCCGGAACUUCAUCAGUUCGUUCUGGAUUAGGUUUGGGCGGGGUGAGGCGAAGAAAAUAGCGGAGGAUCGUCGAGCUGAGGAGAUUGCGAAGAAGAAGGCUAAGGUUGUCAAGGCCGGACCUUCGCGUCCCCCGAGUGAGGCGUGCCCUCCGACCCAGCCCGAAGCGGAGGCUCGUGAUACUGGUGCCAAAGCUCCGGAGGGAUCUGGUGCUAAGGUUUCAGAGACUCCCGAAGCUCCUGCUCCUCCUCCGCCUCAGGUGUGAGGCUUUUUAGUUUUUAGGUUUUUCUUAGUCUUUUUUGCGUCCAAGUGUGUGACGCUUUUUUUGUAAGUAAGGUCGGAGGUUGUGCUUUAUUUUGUAAAGACUGUUUAAAAUAUAAUAUAUUGAGUUGUUUUCAGAUAAGCCUUUGUUUUACACUUUGAUCCUGCGCAGGUCUCUGGCGGAGGACCUGCGCAGGAUCGUUUCAUUACUCCCCUUUCGUUUUUUUACAAAGGGAUUUAUGUUUCUGGUGAAUUGUGGGAGUAUUGGCAAGUUGCCUUCCCUAAUAUGAGAUUGGUGGACAUGUUCGAGUUUGUUGGAUAUGAUAUUGAUGGCGAAGGCUCUGGGUUUAUCCGGUCGCUAGCGCGCCGAGGUUCAUGGCCUCCGGCUUAGGUUGAUGAUUUUGAUUUUCUUUUCGUUUAUCGUAGGUUUUGGUUAUAUAUUUUUUAUGACAUGAUUUGAUGUGUUUAUGUAGUUCCCAUAUCCUAUCCUUCGCAUCUUUGGUGAGAGAGAUAGGGUACGUUGGGUGGCGGAGGCUUCUGAGGAUGUUGCUGAGCCUUUUCUUCAAGGUUUUCCGGAGGUUGUCAAUUCCUCUCCGUUGGAAGAUCUUCCUUCGAACUUUGUCGAAGGAAGUUACGUUACCCCGGUGACGUUCAAGCGCGGAGAUUUGUAUGCGAGGGGCUAUUUAAUUGACUGGUGGCGCCACAAGUAUCCUACGCGUAGUAUAGAUGACUUAGUUGAUUUCCUUGUACGUGAUUACUGUGAUGAUCUUAGGCUUUUUCCAGAUUCGUAUGUUAGAAUUGUGCGAGGGUCUUAGAACCUUCGGAGUUUUACGGUCGGAGGAUGUUUCUCGUUUUUUGUUGUAAGCUUGUGUUAUGUACAUUGUAUACGGUUAAUAAAGAUCAGACAUUUUUACUACAUGGUCUUCGCACCUU